UCUACACCGGAAGACUCAUUCCUGGACACCGACGUGACAGGUGGAUGCCGCUAGUUAGUUUGGAAAAAACGUUACGUCUGGGUUUUAAAUAAUGUAUGGGAAGCUCGGGGUGUCACGUCGUCUCUGUGGUUGUGUUAUUCGUUGUGCUUGUGUGAUGUCGGUGACCGCAGGUUGACGGACUACCAGCAGUGCUUACUAUCAGUUUCAAGUUAAUGUUAGCUUGGUAGCUAACUAGCUUAACCAAAUUGUGUCGCAGUCAGUACGGCUAGCGUGACGGUUAAAACUUGUUUGCAACACCGAAGCAGUUCGGUGAAUUAGCUGUGCGCUGUUUUCCUUGUGUUUUUUUAAGCCAUCUGAAUCUGUUGCUAGUUGAAGCGGAAUCAACGCAAUUUGAGGCGUAGCCUUUCGGACGCCGUCAGAGACCCAGCAGCCUAUCCCGGAGGCUCAGCCGUCACACACUUGAAAUGCCUUCUAUUUGUAACUUGUAGCUAACCAGUGGUUGUAGAUGUUAAAAUGGAUUGUACACACAGCUCGUCUGUUUUGCGUUAACCGAUCAUGUGAGCUAUCUUAUCUAAAAAAAAAAAACAAAAAAAAAAACAGUUGACUUGUGACCAAUCGCUGUAGGACGGUACAGGAGGAGCACAUUUCUACCAUCGGAAAACGACAAGACAAGACACACCAAGACUGAGGUUACAUCCGACUACUUGUUUCGCAACGGAGAAGCAGAGUGAGACGUUAGGACGGAGGCAACGGCAGUUCUGGGGUGCCCGACACUCAGCCGAGAAGAGGCAUCGCUGAAAUGAGAUGAGGCUCAGAAAUGGAACUGUGGCCACUGCACUCAUUUUCUUCACGUCUUUCCUCAGCCUCUCCUGGUACACAGCAUGGCAGAAUGGUAGAGAGAAGCUGAUAGCAUACCAACGGGAGUUCCAUGCUUUGAAAGAACGCCUUCGUGUGGCAGAGCAGAGAACGCUGCAGCGCUCAUCUGAGCUCAACAACAUCCUCGAGCAAUUCAGACGAGCCAUUGCUGAAACUAACAGCAGCAAAGAUACCCUCACAAACUUCUCAGACGAAACACAGAAACUACUGAAGGAACUUGCAAAUAGGAAACCUCUUCAGGUGCCAAGCAUCUACCACCACAUGCCUCACCUGCUCAACAAUGAGGGGAGCCUGCAUCCUGCAGUGCAGGUUGGCCUUGGACGCACAGGAGUUACCAUGGUGAUGGGAAUCCCAACAGUGAAGCGGAAGGUGAAGUCAUAUCUGUCAGAGACUCUACGUUCCCUGAUAGACAAGCUCUCACCAGAAGAAAAGCUUGACUGUGUCAUCAUAGUGUUUGUUGGGGAGACUGACCUGGACUAUGUUCAGAGUGUGGUUGCUGGUCUGGAAAAAGAAUUUUCUACAGAGCUGAGCUCAGGCUUGCUGGAGGUAAUCUCCCCACCAGCUGCCUAUUACCCUGAUCUCACCAACCUCAAGGAGACUUUUGGAGACUCGAAAGAAAGAGUCAGAUGGCGAACAAAGCAAAAUCUGGAUUAUUCCUUCCUCAUGAUGUAUGCAGUGAGCAAAGGAGUUUAUUAUGUCCAGCUGGAAGAUGACAUUGUGGCCAAGCCCAACUACUUUGCCACUAUGAAGAACUUCGCCCUGCAGCUUUCCUCAGAGGACUGGAUGAUCCUGGAGUUCUCUCAGCUUGGCUUCAUCGGAAAAAUGUUCCAGGCUCCUGAUCUAAACCUAAUUGUUGAGUUUAUUUUUAUGUUCUACAAAGAGAAACCUAUUGACUGGUUGCUGGACCAUAUUCUCUGGGUCAAAGUCUGCAAUCCUGAAAAAGAUGCGAAACACUGCGAGCGUCAGAAGUCCAGCCUCCGUGUGCGGUUUAGACCAUCACUGUUUCAACAUGUAGGACUCCAUUCUUCUCUUGCUGGAAAGAUUCAGAAACUUACAGACAAGGACUUCCUGAAGCCACUUCUCCAUAAGAUGCAUGUUAACCCUCCAGCUGAGGUCUCCACUUCAAUGAAGGUGUAUCAGGGUCACACACUGGAGAAGACAUAUCUAGGAGAGGAUUUCUUCUGGGCAAUCACUCCAACUGCAGGAGACUACAUCCUCUUCAAAUUUGAUAGGCCUAUUAGCAUAGAGAGGUUCCUAUUUCGCAGUGGUAACCAGGAGCACCCAGGAGACAAGAUUGAGAACACUACAGUGGAAAUACUGCCUGUUUCGGAAAGUGGACUGCUGACCAAAGACAAAUACAAACGAACUGAGGACCGCUUUUACAGGAUUGGUCACUUUGAAAAAGGCUUGGCAGAAGGGGCUGUAGAUCCGUCUUUCAAUCCUGUUUUGGCACUUCGGCUUUCAGUUCUUAAAGACUCUGCUGUGUGGGCCAUCCUCAGUGAAAUACAUAUAAAAAGGAUAUCUGGCUGACUGCUCUGGAGGAGGUACAUGAAUCAUGGCCCCUGGAGGACCAAAAUCUCCUAGACUGCUUACGCAGGGCCUCUGGCACCUAGCAACCAGCAGUGAAGUCAUUAGAGCUUAGAGUUGCUGUCCAAGCUUGUUGGAGGCAUACCACCUCUCUGUCCCCGCUCUUCCUGAUGUACCUUAUUUUGCUUCUCAUUAACCGGUUUACUCCCUUUAUUUCUCCAUCACUUCAACACUUUUGUGCUCUUUAAUUUUUUUGUGAGAAUGUGAAUACUACUGUCUGCAGAACAACAGUGGCGGGCCUGAAGACAUCUGUCCCAAGCUCUGGGUCUUAAAGUGACUGUAUUGUUCAGCAGCUUUGAACACAAUCAGAUCAUUUCUGAAUGAGGUUGAAUCUUUACAUCUGGGGAGAACCAGUCACCUGGCCACUGGUGCAGAUGCUGCCAAAUCCCACUCCCUUACUCAAUGCUGCCACACUUGGGCAAGCUGGGGCAUUGCACUGUCACUAGCGCCUCAGCAAAGCCCGAUAUGAUCAAGAAUGUUGUUCCUCACUGAUGGCCAGUUGCUCUCUGUUCUCAGCAGAAAUGAUAGUUUUAGAUCAACACCAGCCUGAGCAAAAAUGUUUUCCGCUCUCCUAUCAAGUACUUUACAUGUCCUAAAAGACUAACUCAAUAUAAGCUUACUGUCCCAAAAUGCUACUUGUAGCCAAUUGGUGAAAACUUUGGCCAUAAGGCAAUAUCAGUGGUUAACUACCAGAAUCCUACAAGAAAAGAUUACCCUGACAUUAUAUCUGUCUCACCUCUUGUCUGACAGGUUGUGUAUGACCUCAGUGUCCAUUUUUAGGAAACCAAUUGGACAUUGCCUUGGUAUCAUUUUCCUGGAGGAAUAUAAUGUUAUAUUAUUACAACUAUGAUUGACGAUCUAUGAAGGUGACUUAAUUUAUUUGAAAUAAAUCUUUAAUUUGUACAAGAGGUAAAAUAUAUUUUUAUUCUAAUAAGAGAUGUUUAUGGUAGUUCAGUCUGUUUUGUGUAAUUUUGGUUUGUUUUUCAUCUAAAUUGCUAUUGUACAUUUAAUUUUCUUGGUAAUAGUGCAGAGUAAGAUCUGAAAUCUGUUUUGUUUUUUUGGGGGAGGGGGCUUAAAAGCUAAGAUGGGAAUGUUGUGAAUAGAUUCUGUUAAAGUAGUUGUGGAUGUGGGUUGAAAAUGGAAAAUGUGCCUUAUAUCUAGGGUUUCUUGAAGUUUACCCAACAUAAUUUCAGUUAGAUAAUUUUUUUUUUUUUUUUUUUUUUUUUUGCCUACACAUUGUUUGCUGGAUAUACUAAUAUUUUGAAGCUCAGACUAUGAUUGGAAG